CACCCGUGCAUAUCCUAUGCCAUUGCCUCCGCCGCCUCCAAUUGCUUGCAGUGAUUCUCUAAUAUGGAGACUCUGGGAUAAUGUCUUUCCCAGGAUACGACGAUCUCUGCGAGCUGAAUUCAGCUACUUGGCUGAAGCGGGCCCAGGGUCCACGGAUGGCAUCUCACCAGUCAUAUUCGAUGAUGGAGGAACCACCCGGGAUAUUGACGGUUAUCGUCCAUUCAUAGCCUACUACGAGGCGAUACUCAUCUUCGGCACUGGUCCGAACUGUGCCCCAGGAGAUGUCCAGGUUCCCUGGGAGUGGAAUACAGUGUUCGUUACCCAUCCAGACCCCGAUAUGUGCGAUAAGUACCGUCAAGUACUGAGAAAUUUCAACUGGUACAUGAAGCAGCAUCGUUCAAAAUACGGCUGCAUUCUCUUCAACCAUGAACUGGUGGUGCUCCGGCGGAAGGAUGAUCGUGGAAACCUAGAGAUUUCUGUACCAAUUCCUUUUACUGUCGGUGGUACAGAGAAACCUGAAAUGACAGUUCUAUUGGCACUAUGGUAUCUCGAGAUGCUUGCAGCUUAGGAACAUGCUGAUUAUUGGCAUUUGUAAUGAAGCCGGUUUAUUUAUUCCCGGUGGUUGCCGAAAUUCUAUUUGUUUAGACUACUACGCUGCAUUAAGCCGAGUCUUUCGAGUAUGCGCAUGGGUCAUUGCCUA